UUUUAAUUUCAAUGCAAUUUAUGCAUAAUCGAAUUAUUUUUGAUUUUAAUAAAAAAUAUUAAGAUAAGGAUCAACUGAAACCAUGCCAAUGUGUUUCAUGCACGAAAGAAAUGAUAUAUGGUAAAAAUACUUACAAAUUAAGAAGUAUACUUACGCAUAACCUGUAACUACCAAAUCAAAACAAAUAAAACAUCCGCUAUGACUGUUAGAUUUGAUGCAGCCGCUUAUAAUUUCCGUAAGAAAUGCCCUUACGUAAGAAAAGACUUGCUUCGGUGGUUCCCUGGUCAUAUGAACAAAGGUUUAAAACAAAUGCAAAGAAAGCUUUCCUCAGUUGACUGUGUUAUUGAAGUUCACGAUGCCAGGAUACCUUUUACAGGUCGUAAUCCUGUUUUCACGGAAACUAUGAUAGGUGCUAAGCCUCAUAUUCUUGUAUUAAACAAGAGGGAUCUUACAAUAAGUACUUUACUGCCGAAAAUAGUGGACCAACUGAAGGCUGAAGAAAAUGUACAAAAUGUGCUGUUUACAAAUAGCAAAGAUCAACAUUGUCGUGGUCUAAAGACACUAAAACCGCUUAUGGUUGACUUAAUUAAGAACUCCAAUAGGUACAACAGAAGUGAGGAGUUAGAUUACAAUGUAAUGAUAAUAGGAGUGCCUAAUGUUGGUAAAUCGUCUUUGAUAAAUAUGUUGCGGUCGAAAAACAUGAGGAUCCGACACGCGCUACCCGUAGGGGCAGUGGCGGGCGUGACACGCAGCCUCAUGACUAAGAUGAGGAUAAACGAUGACCCAAAGAUAUUUAUGUUUGACACACCUGGCAUAUUGGAGCCAUCGGUGACUGACAUAGAGAUGGGUCUGAAACUGGCACUCUGUGCAUCACUCCAAGACCAUCUGGUAGGCGAGGAGACCAUCGCCGAUUACCUGCUGUACUGGCUGAACAGCCAUGCUAAGUUCAAGUAUGUUGACUACAUGGGCCUGGAGGAACCUUGCGAUGAUAUACAAAAGGUGUUAGUAUCUGGUGCAGUAAAAUACAACCGUAUUAGGAGAGUGAGAGAUUUUGACGGCAGAACAAGAGAGGUGCCCGACUUGCUUGAAUCAGCCAGAACUAUGAUCAAAGCUUUCAGGACAGGGGAACUCGGCAGGAUGUUCCUUGACAUUGAUGUGCUGAAAUUAAGACGUAAGACUGAAAUACAAGAAGAGAUGGAAGAAUUGGGUUAGGUUCACUUUUUUUUAUAACAGAAGGGAGCAAACGAGCAGCGGAACACCGAGGUGUUCAGCUACAUACUUGGACAUAUUUGACUAUUCAAAUGUCUAUACAUGGUGCUUUAGAAAUAAAACAUUUUUAUUUAGCCAAAAAUCAAUUGUAGAAGCAAAUGGAAUAUGAAGGAAAGUUUGCAUUCUCUUAAAAAAAAUGUUGUGUGUCAGUCUUCUUAUCGAACUUGAGAUCAGACUAAGGAUAUGUUUAUUUUUACGAAUUUCAAGUAUGUACUGGCUAACUUUAUUUGCCUAUUUACUUAGAGAGAUCUGCAAUAGUUGUCCUUGAAGUUGGAUUUUCGAUGUCUAUAUUUUCAUAAACUAUUCUAAUGU